AUGGCGCGGGACACUUACUCCCAGCGUUCCCUCGGGACAUUAUCCAGGCGCAUUAAAGAGGUAGCAGGCGUUCCUAUGAACCUUUUCACCCAUUCGCGUGUUCUCCUCGUAGGCGCGGGCGGCAUCGGCUGCGAGCUACUCAAGAACCUCCUGCUCUCCGGGUUUGGAGAGAUUCACAUCAUCGACCUCGAUACGAUCGAUCUAAGCAACCUGAACCGUCAGUUUCUCUUCCGAUACGAACACAUCAAGAAGUCGAAAGCGUUGGUUGCGAAAGAAGCUGCUCACAAAUUCCAGCCAAAAGCGAAGCUAAAUGCCUAUCAUGCGAACAUUAAGGAUAGCCAGUUCAACGUGGAUUGGUUCGCGACUUUUGAUAUUGUGUUUAAUGCCUUAGACAAUUUGGAUGCCCGUCGACACGUCAACAGAAUGUGUCUAGCGGCUGAUGUACCGUUGAUUGAAAGCGGGACGACAGGUUUUAAUGGCCAAGUUCAGGUCAUCAAAAAGGCAGGUUUUAUUGUGGGUGUAACGGAGUGCUACGAUUGUACUUCUAAGGAAGUGCCCAAGUCAUUCCCGGUUUGCACUAUACGCAGCACGCCUAGCCAACCCAUCCACUGCAUCGUCUGGGCCAAAAGCUAUCUCUUUCCUGAGCUUUUUGGAAUAGGUGAAGAUGAGACACCAGAGCUAGAUCACUCGGAAGAUGCGGAAAAUGCGGAAGAGAUCGCCAAUCUCCGCAAGGAGGCACAAGCUCUCAAAGAAAUUCGUCAGUCGAUGGGAUCCCCCGAUUUUGCACGAAGGGUAUUCGAAAAGGUUUUCAUAUACGAUAUAGACCGGCUACGCGGAAUGGAGGAUAUGUGGAAAGUUCGCGACCCUCCAACGCCGCUGGAUUUUGGAAAGCUGCAAGAGGAGUCUGCCGACAUUCAGUCUGCCGUCUCCGUUGAGGAUCAAAGAGUAUGGUCGCUGACAGAAGAUCUCGUCGUUUUCAAAGACAGCUUGGAUCGAUUAUGUAACCGUCUAAAAAUUCUUCAAGAGAGAAAGACAAGCGAUGUUAGGCCAGUCCUAGACUUUGACAAGGAUGAUGUCGACACGCUGGACUUUGUCACGGCAAGCGCUAACUUGCGGGCUUCGAUAUUUGGAAUUGAUCCAAAAUCCAAGUUUGAUACUAAACAGAUGGCGGGUAAUAUUAUCCCGGCGAUUGCAACUACAAAUGCCAUGACCGCCGGCCUUUGUGUCCUCCAGGCAAUGAAAGUACUAAAUGGCGACUAUGACAGUGCGAAGAUGGUCUUCCUCGAGCGGUCGGGUGUCCGUGCGAUAAAUUCUGACUCUUUGAAACCUCCAAAUCCCAAUUGCCCAGUCUGUUCGGUUGCCCAUGGCAGGUUGAAGUUUGAUCCCGAAUGUGCUACAGUCGGCAACCUGGUUGAAGAUAUUCUCCGUCUGAAAUUGGGCUACGGCGAAGAAUUUUCAAUCAGCACUGAUUUAGGCGUAGUCUAUGACCCAGACCUCGAAGAUAACCUUCCCAAGAAGUUGUCAGAUCUUGGAGUCAAAGAUGAAAGCUUCAUUAUCAUCGUCGACGAAGAGGAUGACGAACCACGGGUGAAUCUCGAGCUCAUUGCGGUCACUAAAAAGUGCGAAUCGUCCCCCGAUGAACAGAGACCUGUCUCCCUAGACAAAGUUCCACAGAUCCCCCUCAAGCCAAAGGCACCUGCACCUACUACUGAUGAGCAUACCAAUGGUACCUUGGGUCUUAACAAACGCAAACGCGACGCCGAAGAGGCCGGUCUCAGCAACGGCAACGACCGUGCCAAACGGAUGGCGAGUGUGUCAGUCGCCGAUGGUGACGGAGCACGCCCCAUCGUUCUGGAUGAGGCUCAGGGCGGUGCUAUUUUAAUUGAUGAUGACUGA